AUGGCUGCCAACGGUGGUGAUGGCAAUGAUAAUAAUAAUAAUGAUAAUAAUAUCCAAUUGAAUGUUGAUCCGCACGAGUUGACCAUCCAGACCAACGAUGGUAGCAAUAGUGGCAAUGAUGGCAACAGUUUGAUGAGACAAUCGCUGGGCGGCUAUACCAUCAACAAUACAUUGGAAACCAAUUCAAUUCGUGGUAAUCUAUAUCACGAUCUAAGACUCGAGUCCCGUACCCAACAGGUCCUAAUCGAUGGCCACAGCGAUGUUCAUCUGGACUCCCGUGGCGGUGAUAUACAGUCACAAUCGUACGACAAUACAGUAUUGACGGCCAAUCAGGCAAUCAUAAUGUCGACAAAGAGUGUUGAACUGAAAAAUUUGCUAAUGUUUGACAAGUAUGUCGACGACAUGGAUCUGAUAGACACAUAUCAGUUAUGUAUCUGUGAAUCGGGACAGUUGUUUGCUGUACCGCCCGAUAGUGUGUGCAAAUCGGACGCCCAUUGGUGUACCGUUAGAGUUGAUGGACAAUAAUGGAUAACCCACCCC